CCCACCAGCCCAGAUAAAAUGGCGUCAGAAAGCGAUGGAGGGGUGGAGUUGGGGAAACGCCCCCACGUGAAGACGCAUCGGAUGCAAGAGUUCCUCACAACCCAGCGGCAGGGUGACGGGGGGAGUCACAAGGUGCGAUACUGUACGGAACCGGGAUGCAAAAAGACGUUCACCAGUGCCCCGGGGCUCAGAUACCACAUCAAAUCGCACAAUAAGGAUGUCAAAACAUUUCUGUGCUCCAGAUGCAAGAAAACAUUUAAAAGCAACAACGGUCUCAAGUACCACCAGAAGAACACCAAGUGCGAGGAGUCCUCAGAAUGCCACACCAGCGAGACUGACGAUCAAGACGAACCUGAUGGAAGGUGUGAUACUGUCCAGCCACAACUGCUACCGGACCCGCACAGUCGUCUGGACCCGGAGUUUGAUGGGAUGGACAACCUCAGGGAGCUGGCCAUCAUCGCUACCGGACCGCAGAGCCCCCUGCUGAGGAAGAGCGCCCCUAUGCCCUGGGAUAAACCCACUGGUCCCGUGGUGCGGACCUUAGACCUGGAAUGCCCUGAGGCCUGUAUAUGUGGACGGGCAAUCAAGCCCGAGAACACAUCUAAACCUGUUGCUUCACCUAGCGUUAGUCUGGAGAGUGACCCCAAGGUGACGUCAUCUUCCCCCUUCCCGUCAUCCCCCAAGGACACGGAGUCCUCAGAGGCUCUGUGGUCUCACCCCUGGCCUACUGCAGUGUGGCAGUGCUUCAUGAGGGGGUCCAUCAUUAAGUUCCUGUCGUCCUCUGUUCCGCCAUUGUUUAACGACUGGCACUCUGCCGAGGAACUGUCGGACCAUCAGUCUCUCCGUGAAGUCACACAGUCGGCCGAGCAGAAGAAAUCACACAUAUUCAGUGGGCCCGUCGGCUUCCUCCUGACGAAGAAGGAGACCACUGACCUCGGGGACACGGGCAAGUUAGACCUGUACUUCAUGACUCACACCGUUCAGGGAGACGCCGACUCCAUCCACCUUGUGGCACAGUGCGCUCAAGACCAUCCCUUCUUUGUCAAAGACAAGGGCUGGUCGUCGUGCGCUCCCCAGAAGACUGUCACAGAGUUCGGCAUACCCUGCCAGGAGCUGGCAGAACAGGACCUGUGUCUGCCCCCAACACACCCAGACGCAACGUUCUAUGGGAGUUACCAGUUGUCUGCCCUUGACUCCACUGCCGUGAUGGCUCUGAGCUCUAUGGCACAACAAAAGAAGAACCAGGAGCGCCAGUCACUCUCGUCCCCCGACUCCCCAUCUAAGGAGGACACCUUUAAGUUUGAUCUGCCCAAGGCCAAGAGACCAAUGAAUGCAUUCAUGUUGUUUGCCAAAGAAAACAGAAUUCAGUACACACAGAAGUACCCUGGCAAAGAUAACAGAGCAAUCAGUGUGUUGCUAGGAGAUGAAUGGAAGAAGCUAACCCCUGAGGAUAAAAAGAAAUUCAAGGAAAAAUCAGAAGCUUUGGCAAAAGAGCAGAAACAACUUCAUCCGGACUGCUGGAAGAGAAAGAAAUAGACUACCUUCCUGAAUAUCUUUGGUAUUAGCCAAUCUGUGAUCUCAGCUACGACCACUGCCAUUUGAUUGGACGAAGCCAUGAAACCAGUUUCAAUUUCAUUGGACGAAAUUGAUAUUCUUAUUCCAUUUUGAUUGGAUGAUUGUGAAUGAGUUUUUGGUGAGUUUUUUUGUGAUUGAUGUAGAUUAUUUGGGGAUUACACCACAACAUACACUACUAUAACCAGAACGUUGUUGAGACAUUCAUACCUGUUUUUGCACGCAUUUUGGUGCUGCUGGAACUACAUAUUCCAAUGUUUUAUGUAGAGUCACCAUUCAUAUGAUCAUGUUGAAGUUUCAUAUUUUUUGUCGAGGCUAUUCCCAUCAAUAGUGUUUUUAAUGAACAGUUACAUGCGUACUAUAUAUUUAUCCUGUUAAGUGUACACAUUCAUGCACUGCCAGCUGGUAUACAGUUUGGUUUUAACAAGCUUGUUUCUUUGUAGAUAGUACAGUUUACAUUAGAUUAGGUGUGUCCAUUUGGAGGAUUAUUUUAUUUACCAUAGGCCAGACCAUUUUGAUUACUUGUUUUACAGGAAAUAGGUUUUUAAAUGUCUAGUUGCACAGGUAAAAAGCAGAAAGAAAAAAGGAAUUUGUUCAAAUGCUCAUGGGAAACAGUCUAGAUUUUUUUGGUUCAACACCACACUCAGCAAUAUUUCACCUAUUUGAUGGUGGUCUGUAAAUAAAUGCAUCUGGACCAGACAAUCCAGUGAUUGACUUCAUUAGCAUUUGUGAUACGAUGACAUACAUCAA